UGCAAACUACUGCAUGGGUGAGCCUACACAUUAUAUCUGGAUACACAUGUAUGAAAAAUAUACGUGUAAUGUACAUGCACGUACAACCAUCAUGAGAUAGUAGUUGCCACUCGGUAGCCCCACUGAAGUCCCAGAUUUUUCAAGAUUCGUCCUUGAUUUCAUGGGAUGACGGUCAGCAGUCCACACGAAAACUUUGAUAUGUGAGGGCAGCCAAGCGUAGACUUUAGCGACUGAGCAUAGAGAAAGGACACACUGUAUGGACUGAGUGGCCCAGAAACUGGUGUAACAAGACGCUUGUCGUCUCAUCCUAAGAGUUUUGUGGCUGCAUCCGAACAUGUCUGCCCUGUUGCCUCCCGCCGUCGUGGCCGGCUCGGCCCUGACGUUACAGGCUUUCAACCGGGCUUUGGACCGUCUGCCCAGGCGGUACGGGCCGUGUGGGAGGUACUCGAACACGGACAAGCACAAGUGGAGAAACGCGGCCACGUCGUUGCUGAAUUCGUUCGUUCUGUCUGUUCUUGUGUUGAGUUGUUUUUACUGGUACCCCGAGCUAUGGGACGACAUGGCGAAUUACUCCAUGCAGCUGGGCGAAAUAACCUAUACUGCUCUUUUCGGUUACUACAUGUAUGACUUCUACGAUAUGGUUAUCUACAACAAGUUCUCUGCAAUAUGGCCGGUUUUAGGACAUCAUCUUACGGGUAUGCUUCUGUUGGGGAUGUUGCAUGCUUACAAACAAGCCAUGAGCGUGAUUCUCGUCGCCUUGUUAUGUGAGAUCAGCGCCGUCUUUUUACACCUCCGCCAGCUCCUCCUGAUGCAUGGAGUCCCCAGACAAUCCAUCCUCUUCCGCGUCGUCAAGGUCGUCAACCUCGCGACGUUUGUCAUCUUCCGGUUGAUCCCCAUUGUGUUCUCGUUCUACUGCACCCUGACCUACGACUUGGCCGCCAUCUUGGCUGUCAUCACGCGGCUGUGCAACUUUGCCCUCAUCGUUGUCAAUGUCGUGUUGUUCCGUCGCGUGGUGUACAGCGACUUUAUCCGAAGGGACAAUAACAACAAGAAUGAAGAUGAGGCCUUUAUCAUGGACAGAUAGGAAUCCAGAUGGAUAGACAUUUGGGGUGCAAUGUCAUUGUGCUGAUAAGCACACUGUUAAGAUCCCCAAACCAGCCCCAAAAAUUACUCCCCAGAAAAGGAACCAAAAACAAAGUGGACACGAAUAAGCAAAGCCAAACCCGUUCAAUUAAUAUUAUUAUUUGAGCAAAAUCAAUACAAAGCAGUUUUACACAAUAAUUCAGUACAAGGAAAUAGCAAGUUGCAGUGAUGGAUUACCGGUGUAUGAGUGGUGGGGCCGAGCAGCACGACUCACAAAAAGUUCGUAGUGCUUGUCUUGGUUGGUGUUCCAUGGUGACUCCGGUGAUGAGAGCCCGAGAGGGGGAGGGCUGCUCGGGUUCCGGGCUUCCCGCUAGGCAGUUAGCACCGCCAGCACGUGAAUGCCCGUGAGUUCACGCACGUCGGAUCAGUACCCCUGUGCAGUGACUUUAGGAUCCGGUAACUCGGACCCCUACAAUGUCAGACGAAGUGGCCAAACCGAACCAGGCAGCACCCCAACGGUGCAAACUCCAAGUUUAAAGCUCCAAUAUGCUGUUUAGUCGCCGAGCGACAUCCAUGGGGAGAUCAUCAGACAGCAGACUCCCGGUCUCGGUCUUCAGGCGCGUGACCCGGGGAAAACUCCCCAACAGCCGGCACAGUAGGCACAGUCGUGAAACUCACGGUCCUCUCCGUCCGAUGGUAUGGUAAAGGCGCACCCCAAAGUUCGACGAUCCACUUUAUACGGGGACGAACAUUCCAGGCACACCCGAUGCAUGCCGUAAAUUCUGUCUUCUCACUCUCCAAGUAUAACGAUUGUUCAUUCUAAUUUGCAUAACUUAAACGGCUCGCCCCAAUUGGGUUAAACUGCUCGCCCCUUGCAUAGUUUAAAAUGUUUAAGACAUCGUACUAGCCACUAUUUCCUUUAGCAACAAAACAAAUGUAAUACAGUUUGAAUGCCACCAAAUAAAUAUUAAAUUACUACAAUUCUAGAACAAAUAAUUAAUUAAUACAUCAUCAUAGCAACACAAUCAUGCUAUCAUCCUCCAAGGAUCCUUUUAAGGACAGUAACUCAUCAAGAAAAGGAAUACUUAUCAACAUGACAUAGCACGUGUAUUGACUGUUCUGCACUGAUUUAACCUCAGCACACCACUUUGCACAUUAGGCCUACUAUUUUUGUUUUUUUAAUAGCAGCUUCGUUCGUGAAAUUUCAAGAUUUAUAUAGCGCGGUUUUUUUAAAGGGAUGGAGGCAAUUAAUAUUAUAACAAAAUACUAUUUUUCAAAAAAUUGAAAUUUUGUUUAAAGCUUUGCCGUUAUGCAAAGCUUUUAAACAAUUGUUUUUAAUUUUUUUUACAAAGUUUAAUUUCUAUGACCGUACAGGCUUGGGAAAAAACCGAUAGCUCCAUAUGCUGUUAGUUCAUUUACUUAUUCGAGGGAUUCGUUCCAUGCUGACGAUUAUCUGACAUUUAAAGUAUGACGAUAAUCUUCGUGAAAACAACUGUACAAUAACAUAAUUAAUAUUACGUAUUUAACUAUGCUCUUUACUCUACGCACAUUGCAUUCAACUCUAGUUGCUAUUUUUGUACCCACAUAUUUAUAUUGGGUUUAUUUACCCAUACGUGUAUAUUUUUUUCUACUCCUAUUUUUACAAGAGGCCUAAUUUUCAUAUAGGCUGAAAUUGUACAGUUCCGUAGAUUUCCCGAUUUUCCUUUGGGAAAAAAUGAUAAAAACAUGACGGAAAUCCGGUGUUAGGACACCAUGAAAGAUAUAUCUUUCCACACUUCGAUUUCAGAAGAGCUAGAUUAUCCCACAUGGUGUUACCGCAAACCUGCAUGCAAAGUUUCAAAUCUUAUUUCUUUCCACGUUAAUUGUUUCCUUGCAUGGUGGCGUAAUAUGUAUAGACCUAUAUAGUCUAUACCGUUCGCGCUCAACUAACGCUAACAUCACGCCAAUAUUUGGUGUGUUUUAGUUUAGCUGAUCAAAAUGCAACGACACACGAAUACUAGUUCCUGUGUUGCUAAAUUGGUGCUGAAUUAGAAAUGAUUCUUAUGAACAGUAUUUUGUAUUCAUAGUGAUAUCUCUAUCCGUAAAAGAGUGCAGUUUUAAAGUAUCCAUCUCAAACGACGAUUUUGUUCAGCAUACGACCACACGGUAUUUAUAACAUCGCACUUGUUUGCAGUGUAUAACAUGCAUUGAUGAAAGACGUAAAGUCUGACUCUGCGCAGAAAACAAAAUCUUGUGCAGUGAAGUAGUGAGAAAACAGGUGGGUGAGGGUGAUAUUUGUUUGGCAUUUUUUUUCUUUUUUCUUUUUAGAGGUGUGUGAAGUAUAUAUUUAGGGCUUAGAUUUUAGGUGUUGGAGGGUAGAAUUUGUUUGGCUUAGAUUGUAGGUGUUGGAUUUAAAACAUCGCACUUUUUGCAGUGUAUAACAUGCAUUGAUGAAAGACCUACAGUCUGACUCUUUGCAGAAAACAAAAUCUUGUGCAGUGAUGUAGUGAGAAAACAGGUGGGGUGAGGGUGAUAUUUGUUUUGCUUUUGUUGUUUUUUAGAGGUGUGUGAAGUAUAUUUUUAGGGCUUAUA